AGCACAAGUCCCCUGGGACAGCAGAGCUCACAAGCUCCUAGGACCAGAGCCAGGAAGAGACUAGAAAGAAAACAGCUCGUGUCAACAUGACUUCCAAACUGGCUGUUGCCUUCUUGGCAGUUUUCCUGCUUUCUGCAGCUCUCUGUGAGGCUGCAGUUCUGGCAAGAGUAAGUGCAGAACUUCGAUGCCAGUGCAUAAAUACGCAUUCCACACCUUUCCACCCCAAAUUUAUCAAGGAACUGAGAGUGAUUGAGAGUGGACCCCACUGUGAAAAUUCAGAAAUCAUUGUUAAGCUUGUCAAUGGAAAAGAGGUCUGCCUGGACCCCAAGGAAAAGUGGGUGCAGAAGGUUGUACAGAUAUUUUUGAAGAGGUAAGUUUUUUAAAAAUUUUGAUUAUUUAUGUUGUGACAUACAGUAAAAGUUAGCUUAUAAAUUUCCAGCUGCUGCUGCAAAUUUUCUCUUUUAAGUAUCUGCCUCUUUGAUGAAAAACAAACAAACAAAAAAAGAAAUUAGCAGCAACAGUGAGCUUGUUGUACUUGUAAUUGGGAGGUAAUGCAUCCAGAAAGUAUGGGCAGGCGUCUUGCCCUGGAUCAGUAGUAUGUCUCCCAAUCUCAGAAGUGUUUAGAUGACAACUUAUUUAACCUCUCUAUUUAUAGUUGAAAAUAUAGGGUAUUUCUAACACAUAAAUAUCUAAGACCCUAUUAAUAUCUAUAUUAGAUAUAUUUUCAAGAAGCGUACAUUCCUCCUUAUUUAAGUACCGUUUGUUUUUAACUUUUUUAAAAAUUUCAUUUAUUUUUAGAACCGAGAAGCAACAACAACAGCAGUAACAACAACAAGCAAAAACCCAUUCUCCGUGGCUUCCAAGAAUUUCUCAGUAAAGAUGCCAACACAACUUCAAUCAAAUCUACAUCUAUGCCUCAUUCCUGUGCUGGUCAGACAUAGGGUUGCCAGAGAAAUCACAGGAUGCCCAGUUAUAUUUGAAUAUUAAGUAAAACAAUGAAUUCUUUCCAGUGUCCCAUGCACGUUGUUCCAUGUAGGACAUACUAACAUUUUAAAAAUUCUUCAUUGUUUGCUGUAAAUUCAAAUUUAGCUGGAAAUCCUGUUUUGGCUUUUUGUUAUUAUAAUUAUUAAUAUUAUUAAAUCUUACAACCCUAGGCUGCUGGCCAGCAUUCACAAGUUCCUGCUCAACUGCACCUCAGUUUCUUCUUUAUCCCCAAACUGGAGAAAAAGCUUCAGCCCCCAUCCUACCUUGAGGACAUGUGGAUGUACUUUAACUUUGAUUGACAGUCAUGUAAAAUAUUUUCAAGUGUAAUUUAUUCACUUAUUUAUUAUUUAUAUAUUUAUUUUAGUAUCAAAUAGAGUAAUGUUUGUGCAUGAAUUUAGAGAAAUGGAAAAGAAGCAUUGUUGAUAGGAUAGUCUCAUGAUAGUAGUGAAUUUCUAUUUAUUUUACAUAUUAAGUGGUGUAUUAUGGAACUAUUUUUAUCAAGGUCAUUGUAUUAUGAUCAGAGUUGCCAGAUUUGGCAAAUUGUUAAACCAACAGAAUACCCAGUUAAGUACAUUAUUAUUUAUCUGAAAUUUUAUUUGAACUAGUUACCCUACUUUUGAAACUCCUAGUCUUGUUUUAUGACUGCAAGCUUUGUUAUGCAGUGCUGUAUUGAAUGACCUGAAUUUUGAGUUAGGACUAGUUUUUUCAAAACAGCAAAAAUUCACCAGGCAAUAACAAUAAAGUCAUUUCUUAUUAUUUAUUCUUUAUUCUGUACAAUUAGAUUCUCAUAAUUUUAUUUAAAUUAUUGUAUGUUUUAACACCAACUUUUUUUACCUUAAUUUGUUUUUAUGUAUUUCCAAAGAGAUUCUUUUAGUAUUUUUUAUGUUACAAAAUUGUGAGUGAAACUAUAGAACAUUUACAAUAAAAUUUAUUAUAAAAGUCA